AUGGCGCGUGUCCCUCGUGACGUCACGGCUACGGUGGAUGUCAUGGCUGCCCCUGAGCCCGCUAAUCCCGUGAUCCUUUCCCGGAAAUUUCGGAAUCGCAUCAAACUCACGCUAGCAUUAUGCCUGGUGUUCUUGCUUUUCCUGUAUCUGGGAACUCCAUGGCACAUAAAAGAAGUAGAAGUGAAGGAGGGUGAUGUGAAAUUGCCACAAGGGCAGCCACAGGACCCAGUGAAACAGGGGCAGAAGGUGAUAGUGAAAGAGGGAAAAGCAAAAGAAGAAAAAGAAGAAGUUGCCGUUCUAGAAGAACCGGGAUCGCUCGAGGGAAACGGCGACGGCUCGAAGAAGAAAUCGCCGGGGUCUUCCUUGAGACCGGCACCUCUCAAGCCGUGGGGGUCCCACAAGGAGGAAGAAGAAAUCAUGGAUUUCAUUCGAGCCUUCGAAAAGAAGAUGGUGCCCGGGCUCGGCGAGGAUGGGAGACGCGAAGAACUCCAGGGAACGGAAAAGGAACUGGCAGAGGAAGUGAUGAAGAAAGAAGCAUUCAACCUUCUCCUCAGUGAUAAAAUUGCCCUCAAUCGUUCCGUCCCCGAUACGAGAGAUAAAUUAUGCAAAGGGAAGGACUAUGGACAUGACCUUCCCAAGGCCAGUGUCAUCAUCAUUUUCACGAACGAGCCGUGGUCGCCACUCUUCCGCACAGUUUAUAGCGUUCUUAAUCGUUCGCCUCAGCAUCUACUUCACGAGAUCCUCCUUGUCGAUGAUUUCAGUGACCGGGAGGAGUUGGGGAAAAAGCUGGAAGUGUACGUAAAAACUCACUUCCCCGAGAAAGUAAGACUGGUCCGCUUGAAGGAGAGGCAUGGCCUCAUCCGGGCUCGGACAGCUGGAGCCAAGGAGGCAUCUGGGGAAGUCAUCGUCUACCUUGAUUCACAUUGUGAGGCCAAUUAUGGGUGGCUGGAGCCACUUCUACAUCAGAUCAAGGAGAAUCCAAAGACAAUUGUCUUACCUGUGAUUGAGGUGAUUGAUGACAAAACAUUGCACUACUUCAAUAAUGGAGGUCUUUACUUCCAAGUGGGAUCAUUUUCAUGGAGUGGACAUUUUACAUGGGCAAAUGUGCCUGAUGAAGAAAUCAUUAGACGAGGGGGGCCAGUGGAGCCUACCAGGUCCCCAACUAUGGCUGGAGGAUUAUUUGCCAUGAAGCGUCAGUAUUUCUGGGACCUGGGAGCUUAUGAUGAUGGGAUGGAUGUCUGGGGAGGAGAGAACUUGGAGCUUUCUUUCAGGGUGUGGAUGUGUGGUGGGAGCCUGGAAGUGAUCCCUUGCUCACAUGUGGGCCACAUCUUUCGAGAUUUCCAUCCUUAUUCCUUCCCAGGGGGGAAGGACACCCACGGGAUCAACACUGUGCGUGUGGCCGAGGUCUGGAUGGACGACUACAAGCGGCUCUUCUAUCUCCAUCGUCCUGACCUUAAGAAAGUGGACUAUGGAGAUGUGAGUGAGAGGAAAGAGUUACGGAAGAAGCUGAAGUGUAACAGCUUCAAGUGGUACCUGGACAACAUUCUCCCCUCCAAAUUCAUCUUAGAUGAACAUUCAUACUAUUAUGGACGGGUGAGUUUCAUUAUUUUUUAGUUCAUCCGUUUCCAGAAACACUGGAAGUUGAAAAACAAUGAACUGCGUUUUCAAAAUGAGUACUGUUUGCAUUGAUGGCUUCCCACAUUGCAUUCAUGGAAAGCGAUUUUUCAAAAUGACCAUUAUUGACCAAAACUGGGAAUCUUAGGUGAGAAGCGGCUACUUUUGCUUGGACGUGUUAAAUCGAGAGACAUCAGAUCUCACCGAUUUCAUGCUGGGCGUCUAUUCUUGCAACGAGGGCUACACAGCCAACCAGGUUUUUCUUUCAUUAUUGUCAAUGUUGAUCCUCUGAAUGAACGGAACCUCAGGUGACGGGUCGAACGGGUGGUGUGGGGUCACAAGGGCUCAUGUGUUUGGAUACGCUUCAACGGGAUGGAAACCAUGCUCACCAAUACGUGCUUGGAGUCUAUCUAUGCCA